GAGACCACCCCUUCACGGACCUCAGGCCUGACCCUUUCCCAGUAGCCUUUUUUGUAUUAUCUGCUUCUGCAUCAGAUAUUUUCAGCUGCAACUCCCUGCAGGGUGGGGCACCCCCCCAUCUGAGGCAGUUUUUGGUGCCCCCCCUCCCCCACUGACCUUACACUCCAGGGCUGAGGCUGCUGCUGCCGCCUGCCACUUCAGGAUGAAAGGGGAGACUCCUGUGAACAGCACCAUGAGUAUUGGGCAAGCUCGCAAGAUGGUGGAACAGCUAAAGAUUGAGGCCAGCCUGUGCCGGAUAAAGGUGUCCAAGGCAGCAGCAGACCUGAUGACUUACUGUGAUGCCCACGCUUGUGAGGAUCCCCUCAUCACUCCUGUGCCCACUUCGGAGAACCCCUUCAGAGAAAAGAAGUUCUUCUGUGCCCUCCUCUGAGCUACUUAGUUCCUACUCUCCUCACCUUUCCCUCUCCGUCCUUCCUUAGGUCGGUAACUGUGGAGAGCUUCAGAGGCUCCCCGCAGCCCAUUCCUACCCUUGCCCCGCCCUGUGAGGUUAUCUGAAGCACAAGACCCUGCUCACCCACAUCGACCCCUCUCCUCACCCUCUGCGGCCAACCCCAAGCAACCCGUGACUAGGGCACUCUUAGCUCUACGAUCAGAGAGGUUUCUGCCAAACUGCCAGCGUCCUGUCCACGUCCCUCUGUGACCCGUUCAGACAAUGGAGAGAGGGACGCGCCAGGUGCCUGCUCUCAGUCACACCGGGAGCUACUGGAAGGUUAAAGCCAUUUAAAGAAUAAAUUCAUCCAGAACCUCAGAGGGCA